AUGGAUCGUGAAAGACAUCAACGCCAGUGUGAAGGUACUCUGAAACUGAGUCGAUCACUGGCAAAUCACAAAGGACACACUAAAUCAACUACCCACAACACUAAAAGCCAGAAACCAGGCCACUUACGUUAUGAAACCAAGGAGGUGCAGUUCGUCAGACAUAAAAGGGACUUAGCAUCAGGGAAUAUAAUUAUAACACAGCAUUUCAGUGAAAAAGUUGUCACUCCUGGAGAAGAGGUUAGUCUUCAAUGUACGGCAACAGCAGAUAGGCCUCCAAGAUUCAUUUGGGAAAGAGAUGGAGUAGUUAUAUCAUCCAAUACAGAUCAAAGAUAUACCCUAGGCCAAAUGAUGUCAUCAACAGGUGCAGGAGUAGUAUCACAACUAAAUAUAUCACGAUCUAGAGUAGAAGAUGGAGGGCUGUAUUCAUGUUUGGCUUUUGAAGGAGAAACUAAUACUGGACAUGCAUCCAGAAUUGAAGUAUAUGGGCCACCUUAUAUUAGAACUUUGCCGCCAAUAAAAGUACAGAGCGGAGAGCCCUUAAAGCUAAGAUGCCCGUAUUAUGGAUAUCCAAUAAGUAAAUUAGAAUGGGAACACAAAGGCAAGAAAAUUAGUAGCUCAACACUUUCCCAACAUACUCGAUACAAACGAACAUACUUUACUACUUCAAACAACAGUAAGAACACGAGAAGAAAACGCAAGAAAAGACAACUAUUUGAAUCAGGAGAAGACGGGGUUCUAAACAUAGCUAGAGUUGUAAAAGAAGAGAAUGGAGAUACAUAUACUUGCAUUGUAUAUAGUCCAUCGGGUGAAAUGGCUAGAAGAUCUUUUGAAAUUCAAGUUGUAGAAGCUCCAGAAUUAGACGAACUUCGUAUGGGCAGUGGACUAAAGGAAGGACAAAUAGUGCAGAUUACUUGCAACAUUAUCAGUGGGGACCCACCUAUUUAUUUCUCUUGGUUGAAAGAUGGAAAAAAACUGCCGGCAACUUUGAAGAUUACUGAGAGAAGCUCAGAGCUAUUUAGUGUGUUGAUCAUCAAACGCGUGUCAUUAGAGCACUGUGGAAAAUAUACGUGUAUAGCAACCAAUCAUGUUGGUAAAGUGAACCAGAGUGCUGAUCUUUACAUUAAUGUUGCCCCAAAAUGGAUAGAAGAGCCUACAAAUACUUCAUUGUUAUUGGGACAGCGAGGUAUAGUGUAUUGUAAUGCUAAUGGAUAUCCCACACCUCAAAUACAUUGGAUGAAGCGUGACGCAACACUAGGAAUCUGGAGACCAGUCUUAGAUUUAGCUGGUGGAGGAGUCAUGAGCUACCCCAAUGGUACCCUGAUUAUUGAAGUAGUUUCACUUGCUGAUGAAGGCAUGUACGCUUGUAACGUAGAAAAUGGAGUGGGCGAUGCAUUGAAUAAAAAUUUAUGGAUUAGCGUCAAUAAGCCAGUGCACUUCGAGUCCGUGGGUGCUAAUUUGACCACUAAGAUGGGCCUUCCAGUGACAAUAUCAUGUCGACCACUAGGAGAUAAUCCUAUUAGAGUCAAGUGGUCACUGGAUAUGAAGCCCAUUGAUUUUACUUCUUCAAGGCUUACAAUAACAGAAACCACGACGCACAGCGGUUUAAACAGCAUUAUAAAUAUUAAUUACGUGGAAAGCCGAGAUGGUGGUACUUAUGAAUGCAGAGCUAGCAACCCAUACGGUGUAGCAGCAUACAAUGUACAUUUGGAUAUACUAGAGCCUCCAACCCCACCCCUGGAUCUUCAAGUUGACUCAGUGACCAGUAACUCAGCUAAGUUAUCCUGGCGAGACACCAUCAGCACCCACGUUCAGUACUAUACGAUGCAGUACACUACUAAUGAUUUUAUGAUGUGGGAUAGUGCUAAAAGUAUUAACAUAACUAGACAAGAUAACGAUCUACGGCAGAGCAUAGAGUUGCGUGAUCUUCAACCGGCUAUGGACUACCGAGUUAGAGUGUCUUCGGGAAAUCAAGUGGAUCUGAGUCCUUAUACACAGCCUGUUCACUUUACUACUCAACAAGAAGGUAUGACACUUUUACAUAACUGGAAAACACGCAGCUCAUUGGUAGCAAUAAGAGUUGCCAUAGGGCUUUAUACACAGUUUGAGUAA